AUGGCAGCCCAUUUACAGAUUUCACUUAUUCUCCACAUCCCAACUCAAUUUCUCCCACACACCCACCACCUUCAACAAGAUCCUCGACGCUGUCGGAAAAUCAAGAAAAAUCGACCUUUUCUGGGAACUAACGUUAAGAUCUACAUAAUUGCCUUGAGAACGUUAGCUAUAGCUAGGGAGCUGAAAAAAUGUGUCGAGUUUUUCAAUUUGAUGAAUGGGUUCGAGUAUGUGUAUAAAGUUGAGACCUUUAACAUAGUUGUUGAGUUUUUGUGUAAAAAAAAACUUAUCUUGGAGGCUAAUCAUAUUGUGGUUAAGUUGAAAGAUUGGAUCAAGCCCGAUGUGACUACCUACACAUGGUUGAUCUACGAUUUUUGCGAUGUGGGCAAUUUAAUCGAGGCCUCGAAGGUGUGGAAUUUAAUGGUGGACGAGGGUUUCAAGCCGGACGUGAACGCGAUUGAGGUCAUGUUGGAGACCCUUUUCAAGAAGAAUAAGUUCGACGAUGGCUUCAAGAUUUUCCACGAGACGCGUGGGAAAAGAAUAGAGUAUUUGGGCCUUUCGACUUACAAACUCGUGAUCAAAUGGCUUUGCAAGAAAGCCAAAAUGGGAGAGGCACGCAUCAUGUUCGAUGAAAUGCGUAUGAGAGGGAUAAAGCCCGAUAACGAGAUAUUCGGGUCGAUUGUUUACGGGCUUUUGAGUCGAGGAAGGAUAAACGAGGCUCGCAAAUUUUUAGAAGACGUUGAGAAUCCGGACAUAUCUUUGUACCAUGAGAUGAUCAGAACAUUGAGAAUUCGGACAUAUCUUAGAGAGAUGGAUUUCUUGCAUCUUGUGGCUCUUGUGAUAUUGGUUUGUUUGUCCGAAGAACGCAGAUUAAUGAAGUUGUCGAAAGGAGAUGGGUUGAUCAAGUUAUAG